AUGACUUAUACUAGUAGGUUGAAAGACGAUGAUAUUGCAGAAGAAUUAAACAGAGAAGUGGAUGAAAGGAGUGAUAGUGGCUUAAAAUUAUCAAGUGACAGUGAUGGGAAUGACUCUGAUGGGAAUGGUGACGAUAAAUCUGAUGAGGAAGACAAUCAAAAUGGGGGUAUAGGUGUUCAACCAACUACUACUACUGCUGUACCUACACAAGAUAAUGCUACUUUGACAAAUCAAAUUAAUUUCACGGCUCCAAACAAUUUUAUUUGUGAUAGUGGUCUGGUUCAUAACCUGUCUGUUGGAGCAUCAGAACUAGAUUAUUUUGAAGAUGUCAUUAGCAAAGAUUUUUUCAUUAGGACUGCAGAGACAAUAAAUUUGCAAGUGGAUCUAUGUUGUUAG